AUGGACAAGCAAACACACAUGUACGAUGUGCUCGGCAAGAGGAGACCGGGUGUCAUGAAGGCAGUCGUUGCUGCUCGCUACGAGAACGCUUCGCAAACAUUUAACAAGCUGUGCUCAAAUAUCAUUCCCUUUGCACAACUUUUUCCCAAAACAGAAACACAGCACCAAGCUCUCGAUGAUGCAUUUGCACGCCUCACAAUCUGGGGCCAUGAGACAGGGGCCGAGGACCACACUCUGGAUUACAAGCUGCGCAAGUCAAAAGAUCUCCACGACACGGUGGUCGAGGCGCUCCAAGAGCUGCAGGUAUCGCUCGAUGAAGCUCUGCAACUGCUCGAAGAUGAGAAACUUCAACAAUGGUCCAGUCGUGCCACAGAUGACCAAGCUGACCGCUCUCUACCACCCGUCACAGUUAUUCCAGACAAUGAAGAUGGAACUGCCAGCCGAGAUGAGCUGAUUCCGGGCACAGUCGACGGUGCAUCGCUGGACGACGCGCAGACCGCUGAUCUACUCGAGACGCUCUCUGAUGUUUUCGACUUCAUUGGCGAGCGUGUUGAGAAUUUGACCAUGCUCGGCCCUAGCCUCAACCGCCCGUACCCGCAGGACAUCGACACAUACUCAUCAAGUAUCAGCAACACUAGCGACGUGAGCGACCAACUAGACAUUGAGCGCGCAAAGCUUGAGUUUCCCACAGCAUCAAAUAUUCUCAAAACUCGCCUUGGCCGUGCCAACUGGAAACGGCGGGUCUCUCAGGCGGUUGUUCAAGAGCAGAUCCAACACGAUGGCAAGGUCCACAUCACCAAAAAAGGAAGCAAAAAGCCCCACCAUCACGAUGUAGCACAGGAUGCUUUCAACUUCCAGAAGCCGACGUUGAAGCCGGAGAGACGACAGACAGUACCAAAAGUGCCCAUGUUCUUACCUCUCAUGUCGAUUGCCGCGAGCAGUGCGGCACCCUCUGAAACGGCAUCCAUAUUCGAUGUGGACCACACCAUACUACCAAAGCUGACUAGAGCCGAAUCUGCGACGACCAUGGCGACCAUGGCGACUUUCAACUCCAAAAAAAUCCAGAUGGCGGGCAGCGGCAUGUUGGGGCAACCACCUGCUAAAGCAGCACUGUUUCCGAGACCGCCAUUGCAGCUUACCGAGUUACCCAAAGGAAAGACGCAAAUGUUCACCUGCAACUUUUGCGGCUACGAUCUGGAAGCCGGUGGCAAGAUCAAGACCGAGGAAGACUGGAACGAGCACCUCCUCAAAGAUCUGGAACCAUAUUUAUGCACUUUCGACAAGUGCUUUAGUGCCCAAGAGACCUACGCACAGCGUGACGAGUGGUACCGCCACGAGCUGGAAUCGCACCGCAUCAAAAAGACGUGGCCGUGCCCUGCUUGUAUGAAAGAGUUUGACACCAAGAGCGAGGCGUCCGAACAUCUUGUGCAGACACACUGCCGGGAGCUCAAAGACGACAAAGAGGUGGUCAUGAUGAAGGCCAUGCUGCGACAGACGCUCUCAGGUCAACAUGUGGGCACGCAGAUAUGUCCUCUGUGCGGCGACAAAGUAGAGGCUUCUGCCUGCAAGGACCACAUCGGACGGCACCUCGAGUACUUUGCGCUCCUUGCCGUUGCCAACGAAGACGCUUCGGAGGAGGACGAUUCUGACGACAUCUUUUCACAAAGCGACGAUGCCAUGUCUGAGCGCGGCCGAAAGGAGUUUGUUCUCAACACCUUUGUCACCGAGCAGUUCAAGCUGAAUCUGGAGCGAGGAAAGCAGCCGCCUGAUCUGUUCAUGGAUAGUAGCAGCCGGCUGGACCUGUUGGACGACAUGUCGGACUACGACGGCUCCAAAGACUCAGACUCGCGCAUCGGUGGCGGUCACGGAGACACACGGCAGAUGCUUAUCGAUCGCAUGUUCCAAACGGGAAACACCUCUGGAGCAGCGCAACAGACUUCGGUCGGCCGCACCGGUGAAACCUUUGAGCGCGAUACACCGGCGAGGCGGAUGACGACAUCGACGACCACUAGUCAAAAGACACGGCAGGCCUUGCAGUUGGCUGCGAAGCCACCGUCUUUGGCAUCGUCCACAGAAAAGAUGCCUUUGCUGCGCACUUUUUCGUCGCCACGCAAUUCAGAUUUCAUGGGCCGUGAUAAGGAGCUGGCCAAUCUGUACAAGAUAUUGUCCGAGCCUGGCAGAGUAUGCGUCGUGAGCGGCGAAGGCGGCAUGGGAAAGACAGCUCUCGCCGUCGAGUACAGCUGGCGCUUUGAGCAGAGCUAUCACUACAUCUUUUGGGUGCAGGCGGAGACGCCCGUCGGAUCGAGCGACACCUUCUCGCAAAUCGCCCAGCAACUGCAGCUGGCCCCAGACGGCACUGAUCAAGAUACGCUGGUCCGGCUUGGCCGCGAGUUUAUCGAGCAAAUCAAGGACAGGCGGUGGCUCAUGGUUCUCGACAACGUGGACCGCUGGGAAGACAUUGACGCAUACAUGCCCAACAAGACAUCAGCCACGCAAGGGUCCGUCCUAAUCACGACACGGCACGAGAGCCUAACGGCGCCAUCGCGGCCUGUUAACUACUACCGCGUCAUGCUUGAGGAGCUGAACGUCGAGGAAGGUCGGAAACUUCUCAUCUUUGGGCUCCCAGAAGAGCUGCGCCCCGAAGAGAUGUCACUGCGCGAUCCUGAGUAUAAAGUGGCGGGGUACAUCAAGAAGUCUGGGUGUACACUCUCGGAGUUUUGGGAGUAUUGGAACGAGUGGCGGCCGAACGCGUGGAUGAGCGCCAACACCACUCAAGGAGAGCGACAGGAGCCGAGCACCGCUGGCCGAGAGAGUGUACUCUACGUUGCGCUCCGGGAUCUGAGUUCUGACGAAAUGAAACUGCUCAAGAUUAUGGCCUUCCUUGACAGCAACGGCAUCCAGCGCGAGGUAUUAGAGUGGAACAACCCAGACCAGCCGGGACCGACCUACCUCAAAAAGAGCCGUCUUCGUGUUAUCAUCAGCAAGCUUAAAAGUCAGAGCAUUGUCUCGGAGAGAGAACAGGGCGGCCGCGAGAUCUACACCGUUCACCGUCUGCUACAGUCGAAGCUGUUGCAGGACAUGAAUGCAAAUCGAGACGAGCGAGACAUUAUUUUCGGCAUUGCCUACGGGCUGAUCCGGAACCGUCUGCCUCGGCCGUCGCUUGACACGCCGGAGCAGGCCAAAUGGAACGCGUUCAAGGAGUACCUUCCGCAUGUGCUUAGCUUGCAGAGGGCCUAUACCGAUCCGCUGUCAAUUGUCAAUGUGAAGCCGUUCCUAGGACUGGCGGAGCUGUUCAAAGAUGGCGGUGUCCUGCUAUGGCAGCGGUACAUCCAUGGGGACGCACUGAGACUGCUUCGCUCGGCCGAGCGGGUCUUAGACCAGCUUCCACAAAGCAACGAAAACCUUCGCUCCGAGAUUAACAUCACCAUCAACCUGCUCCUCCAGUACUUUGGCAUCAGCCACCGGAAAGAGAUCAAGGAACGGUCCGCCAAAAUUCUCGAAUACCGUCAGAGUAUGCUCACACAACGACUACCGGAGAGCGUCACCAAUGAGGACAAACUCGUGCUGAACAACGCGCGAGCCGACUAUGCCAACACGCUGCUUCAGUUCAACGACUUCCGGAAGGCCGAGCCCAUCUACGAAGAGUGCUUGACCAUCUACACAGAAAUUGGCAAGGCCGAAGACGGUGGGACCGCCUUUGCCAUUGCCAAGCUGCACCACCACCUGGCCUAUUGCAAGAUGUACCGGCGGCAGUUUGACGAGGCGCUGGCGCUGAGUCAUAAAGCUGUGCGCAUUAUCGAGAGUGUCAGCGACAUGGCCAUGGCGCUGCGGUACCGUUUCGAUCUCGCCUGCAUCAUGCUGCAGUCAGGUAAUCUGCAGCAGGCGCUCGACAUGCACCAGGACAUUCUCAAGGCGCGUCUCGGCUUCCAGGGUCGCGCCAGCUACUUUACGCUCCAAAGUCAAUACGCGGUCGCCGCCCUGUGCCACUACCUUGGCCGCCUCGAGGAUGCCGAGAUUCUGAUGCAGUCAGCACUGAGCAAGGCGGCCAGCCGUGGCGGCAAGAACUUUUGGCCCGACGCCGCCGUGGCGCGCACCAAGUACCAUCUGUCGCUGAUCAUGACCGAGCGCAUCCAAGCCGAUGGCGAGAACGAACAGACGGCCAAGCUUCGGGACGCGGCUCGGAAGCUGGCCUUUGAAGCCAAAGAUGUGCUGUCCCGCAUGCUGCCCUAUGAUCCCGACACCAUCACCGGUGUGCGCGAGGAAGACACGUUGGCACUGUUUGAUCACCUGCAGCCCGUCUUUGGCGGACGCUUUACAAGCACGAAGCUGCUGGGUUAUGUGUCUCAUGAGGAGGAGUAG